AUGGAGUCAGCUGCUGGAGGGGGACCGCGCGGAGCAGGGGGGGGCGCGAGCCCGGCGCAGGAAGCCCACGGACCGCGUGGCGCCUUGGAGACGCCGGUCGAGGACGGUCCGGGCGGGGACGCUUGGAGACCGAUAGGUGCGACUGCCAACGGCGGCGACAUCGCCCAGCCUAGGCAGGGCGAAGCGGAUAUGGGAAUAGGGUGGAACGGCCACACCACGCCGCAGCCGAGUGUCGACGAGGGCGCGAAGCGCAGGCGGGGAAGACCACCGAGGCAGCAGAGACUCCAAGCCGACGCAAGGCAGCAGGCGUUGCGGCGUAUCCAGCCCCGGCCGACACCGAUCGCAGCCGGUCUCACACCGCCGCCGAGCGAGGGCGGCCCGCCCAGAGGCCAGCAGGCGCCGCGGCACAUCCGGGCUCGGCCGGUUCUGAGGGCGGGAGUCCACGCGGCGCCCCCCACCGAGGCGGGACCGAGCGUCGGAAGCACGGACAGCCAACAAGCCGGCAGGACAAUGAAUCGGCAGCCCGGGGGAGAGCGGAAGAGGAAGGGCCGCACCCCCGGCGGGCAGGCCGAAGGGAAAUGCUCCCGGGUCCGGGUGGGCCAGAAAACCCCAAGACGGAGGGAGCUGCAGGCCGAGGACCUAGCCAGCGUACUGCAGCACCUCGAGGAGGAGUUCGCGGCGGGCGAGAGGCUCGCAGACGAGCAGACGUGGUGCAUGCCGGUGCCGCGCGCGAGGCAGGUGCGAACGGUGCAGAGGUUCUACCGGGCGUUCCACGACGCCGGCACGCUACCGGUCUUGACCUGCAAGAGUGCGCGCGGUGCCUCGGGCGUGAGGGCUUCGCCUGGCAUGCACCUCCACGGCCGGCUCGGCUGCGAGCACGCGUACCCCGACGAGCUCAAGGGCCUCACGCCGGUCGAGGAGAAGCUGAUCUCGCUCAACUCGUGCUACGGCUUCGUGACGAGGUAUAGCAUCCCCGGCGGGCAGAGGCAGAGCGUGAGGGCUGGUGACCAGGUGCUCCCGCACCCGCUAGUCCGGGUUAUGGACGAGAUCCAUGUCUCGUGGCAGGGGGCCGAGAAGCCGGGGCCACGCGACCUGUCGGGCCUCCUGUCGGUAAGGCGGCGGGCGGUCGAGAGGGCGCUCGUCUGGCUUAAGGAGAACAACCCGCUCUACGGCGAGGUCGAGAUCGACGUGGCGGAGAUGGAGAGCUGGGGGGCGCCGCCGCACGGGGUGCCGUCGGUGGUAUGCGAGCGCCUGGAGCGAAACGAGCCGUCAGCGCGGGAGAGGACGCGGACCGCGCAGGUGGUGCCGCCGACGGAGCGGGCCAUGGACGACGAGGGCGCGGUCGAGAUCGAGGAGAUCCUCGUCAUGUUAAGCCAGGGGCGGGAUCCCGCGGAGAGGAGUCGCGACGUCAGGCCCACGUGCGACGACGAAGAGGACGGCGCUAGGCCCGAAGAGGGCGGGGAAGUAAUCAACGAGGUGACGUCGUCCGGCAUGUUCCCGCUCGACGGGCCGCCAGGGGUGGCGGACGCCGAGAAGAUUCGCUUCGCCCGCGACGCCGUCGGGCCCGACGGAGCGCGCGCCCGCGCAGGCCCGAGGACGUGGGUGGGGACGGCGGCCGGAGGGGCGGCGCGCGGCGGCGAUGGCGACAAGUACGAGCCCUAUAUCCAGGUACGGCGCGGCAACGAGUUCGCCGACUCGGCGGACGCCUCCUUCUUCGCCAAGACCUUCCCGACGCUAAUUUCCUUUGGCGUGGGGGGGCCGAGGCUCGCCGACGAGGCCGCUACCCGUGGAAGCGAGACUACCGGGUGGCGGGGCCGGGCUGCCGAGGCGGAGCGGGUCGCGGAGGGCCUCACGUCGACCCGGAACAUGAACCUCCAAGCAUGGGCCGACGUCGUGCUACGGCGCCACGGCGGCCGGAACCGCCAGGCCAGUAUGCUAGGCGUAACGAGGAAGAACUUCGCAAAGGUCGAGGGUCUACUAAAGUCGUUAACGACGCAGAGGCUCGAGGCGGCGAGGGUCGAGCUCGAGGCCACGGGCAAGACCGGCGACGACGGGGUAAAGGAGCUCCUCCGGUCCCUAUCGGUGUUUGGCCACCGGCAGCCGAUGUCGAGGGAGAGCCGCCUAAGUAUGCGGAAGAAGAUACUAUCUCUCAUCGUCAGAUACGGGGUGCCGGCCAUUUGGUUCACGCUAAACCCGAACGAUAUUACGAACCCGGUAAAGCUACGGCUGGCGGCGUACCGCGCCCGCGACCCCGAAGCGGCCGAGGCCUUCCUAAGAGAGCUAGGGACUGCGUAUAAGCGGGUGCGGCUGGCGAUAGCGGACCCGAUGAGCGCGGCCGUCUUCUUUCACCGGGAGAUAAAGCUCUUCUUCGAGCAUUACGUCGACGUCGGGGACGAGUCGGUGUUCGGGCACGGCAAUGCGCGCCUCGGCGAGGCGCUGGCCGGCGCCGGCGGCGAGGAGCAGGCAGCGUACCGGGAGCGAAUAAUCCGCUACGUAGACAGCGUCUUCUCCGAGGAGCUAGACGCAGAAGGGCACCACGCUGUGCAGGCGGAGCGGUCGAUCACGGCGCACAUGUCGUCGUGGCUUGACGACGUCGAGCGCUUUACGGACGCUACUCGCUCGCGGGGGCCGGUCAGGACGGCGCUCACGGCGGACGGCGUGCUGGAGAUCCGGCGGACACAUAGCAUGGUGAACCGGUGGAACAAGGCGAUGGCGGUAGGGCUGCGGCACAACCACGACAUCUCGUUCAUCGCGACGCAGCGCAAGACCAUGGCCCUGAUCUACUACAUCACCAACUAUGCGACUAAGGUAGAGGACCCUACGUGGAAGCGGGUGGCCGCCGCGGCCGAGUUACUCCCGACCUUAGAGCCGACAGCAGAGAGCAGUAUCCCCAGCGCCGACCGCAACGAUAGCGGGGGGAACGGAGCCGGAGAGGAGGCCGCGGCGGACCCUAUAAGGGGGAACAAGACGAGGGUAUUCCUACUAAAGGCGGCGAACCGAAUCUUCACGGAGCGCCCGCUAUCCCAGGUCGAGGUGAUCGCCGACCUCCUGGGGUAUCCCGCGGAGUUUUGCAGCGGCGCGGCGUGGGCGUACGUGAACACGAACCAGCUCUACUGGGCCGUCUUCCGCCAGUGGCGGCACCUCCGACUGGCGAGCGGGGUAGAGGCGACGGCGAGCGACGCGCCGGACGAGACGGUCGUCGUCGAGGAGGCGGGGCCGAGGAUCUCCUUCAUCGAGGCCUACCGGCAUAGAGGCGGGCUCCUACAGGGCCUCUGUCUCUACGACUACGCGUCGCUCACGGCCGGGUAUGGGGCGAGCGUACGCCUAGACGGGUACCUCAGUAAGGAGUUCGGCGAGGAAGACGAGGAGUCAUGUCAUCGGAGGGCGGCGGUGCAGCAUCUAGCGCUGUUCGUGCCGUGGGAGGCAUUCGUCUGCGAGGAGACGGGCGACAUCAACGAUAUCUGGGCGCGGGAGCGGGCGGCGCUGGCGCCGAGGAUCGCGCGGCUCGCGGACAACGUACAGCUGCUCCGGCGGUCGGCGGAGGACGCCAAGCGCGACGCCAGGCAAUGGGCCGCUACGACCGAGGAGGGCGAGCCGGCGGCGGCGGCACGCGCCAACGAGGGCGCGGAGGAGGCGGCCGAGGGGCGGGCAGGUGUAACGGCGCGGUCGGCGGAGCUGCUGGCGAUGACGCAGCAGCUCUGCCGGUUUCAGCAGUCGGCGCUCUCGUCGGCGGCCGAGCUCGAUGCGACGGUGGUGGCGGGCGAGGCGGGGCCGAGGCGGGUAAUCCUCGCGGGUCGACCUCUCCGGGGCGGCGCUGCCGCGGCAAGAGCAGGGCGGCGCGGCGGCGUCGGCGCCCGGGGCCGACCGAGGUGCGGCGCGGCGGCGUCGGCGCCCGGGGCCGACCGAGGUGCGGCGCUACGCGGGGUGAUGGGCGGCUUCGGCGAGGACGACGUCGAGGUGACGGCAGCGGACGCCGACGCGGGGAUGCGUGUGCGGCUCGGCCCGUCGAGCUCGUUUGUCGCCGCCGGCAGGGAGCUAGCGGGCCGGCUAACGCUUAACGAGAAGCAGUCGAUCGCCCUCCUCAUCAUAUGCCGCCAGCUCGAUCAGGCCCGGCAGGGCGGCGACGCCGGCGACAGCGGCGACGCCGGCCAGCUCUGUCUAUUCGUCGGCGGCGAGGGCGAGGACCUAUCGAGCCAGCUACUAAUCACGGCGACAUCGGGGACGGCGGCGGCGCGGAUCAACGGCAUCACCCUGCACUCGGCCUGCGGCCUCUUGGUCGGCCAGGGCGGCCAGGCGGGGGUCGGCGAGGAGGAGAAGGAGGUGCUGGUGAUCGACGAGGUCAGCAUGCUCGGGGCGCGCACGCUGCACGCGGCGAACGAGCAGCUCUGCCGGCUGCGGGGCUCGCCGCGGGACUUCGGCGGCAUCCCGGUAGUGAUCCUCUGCGGCGACUUCCAUCAGUUCCGGCCGGUGCAGGAGCGGUCGAUCCUGCUGCCGAGCGCGGCGGUGCCGUGGGACGCGGACGGCGCGUUCGCGGCCGAGCGGCGGCGGCAGCACGAUAAGGCGCACGCGCUAUGGAGGAAGUUUACGACGGUCGUCAUGCUCGACGAGCAGAUGCGCGCCGCCGGCGACCCGGAGCUACGGCGGCUGCUCGGGCGGAUCCGGCGGGGGGAGCAGGACCGGUCGGACCUAGACCUCCUCAACUCGAGGUGCUACCGGGCGGGCAGGCGGAUACCGUGGGAGACUGGGGUGACGGUGGUGACGCCGCUUAACAGGAAUCGCUGGAACCUCAACCUAGAGGCGGCCCUCGCGUUCCGGGCCCGGCAACGGACGGCGGCGCGCAUCUUCGUCUCCGAGCAUAAGUGGAGGGACGGCACGCCGACGGAGGAGGAGGCGGUGCUGAUGCUAGGCCAGGGCGACGACAGCGCGACUCCGGUGCCGGCCGUCUUCCUCUUCGUGCCCGGCAUGCCGGUCGUCGUGAACCAGAACACGCACCAGGGGCUGAAGCUAGUGAACGGGGCCGGGUACACGGCGGUCGACGUCAUACCCGACCGGGCCUUCCCCGGCCACCGGGUCUCGGCGGAGCUGACAAUGCACUUCGGGCCGCCGGUCGGCAUGGUGCUGGCCUCGGAGACGACCAAGGAUUUCCACUUCGUGGGGAUGCCGUCCGGGACGAUCCUGCUGACGCCCAUCAGCGUCAAGAUCCAGGCCCAGCGGAAGCGGCCGUGGCAGCGGAACGACGUGCAGGGCGGGACGCUGGAGCGCGUGGCGCUGGAGCUCGGGGGCGAGGACGACGACCGUCGACGGGCGCGCGGUACCGUCGCCGUGCGACCCGUAUAG